AUGGCGACCAAGACAUUGGAAGCUCGGUUCGAGCACCUGUCCGUCAAGGACGAGAAGGAAAUUGGAAAUGAUCGGACCUAUGGAAAGCAAAAGGGCUCCCUGUCCACUGCCGUCUCCCUCUCCGGCCUUGGUGCGGCCCAGUUGAACAAUUCAAACAGGUCCCACCUGCUGAAGCUGGCUCUUCAAAACACCAAUGACAACAAGGUCAACUCCAUGAAUGUUCCUGCUUCGCCUGUCAGGAGCUCCCAAGGCGCAAGAGUGUCCCGCAAUACGGACGAGAAUGGAGAACAGCGCACGUCGACGUCGCUGAGUGAGCCUUCUGUGCCAAGGGAACUACACCUCGGAAUGUUUGAGAUUGGCAAACCUCUCGGAAAGGGCAAGUUCGGUCGUGUUUACCUUGCCAAAGAGCGAUCUUCGGGCUUUGUCUGCGCCCUCAAGGUGCUGCACAAAUCGGAACUACAACAAGGCGGCGUCCAGAAACAAGUCCGCCGUGAAAUCGAGAUCCAAAGUAAUCUCCGCCACCCAAAUGUCUUGAGACUCUACGGUCACUUCCACGACAGCAAGCGUAUCUUCUUGAUUCUCGAAUUUGCUGGUCGGGGUGAAUUGUACAAGCACCUUCGGAAAGAGCACCGAUUCCCCGAAUGGAAAGCUGCGCAAUACAUUGCCCAGAUGGCCGCGGCACUGAAGUACCUUCACAAGAAGCAUGUGAUGCACCGCGACAUCAAGCCCGAGAACAUUCUCGUCGGUAUCCAUGGAGAAAUCAAGAUCAGCGACUUUGGUUGGAGUGUCCACGCUCCCAACAACCGACGCCAGACCAUGUGCGGAACGCUCGAUUACCUGCCUCCAGAGAUGCUGAAGCCGGGCUCUCAGGAUAACUACUACAGCGAGAAGGUGGACCUGUGGAGUCUGGGUGUACUGACGUACGAGUUCCUGGUCGGCGAGGCGCCUUUCGAAGAUACCCCGGUGAUGACCCAGCGCAGAAUUACGAGGGCCGACAUGUCCGUUCCGUCCUUCGUUAGCCCGGAGGCCAGGGACCUCAUCAAGAAGCUGCUUGUUCUGGAUCCCGAGAAGCGAAUUCCUCUGGACGAUAUCCAGCGUCAUCCUUGGAUUGUCAAGCACUGCGUGAAAGAGGCAAAGCGGAGCUCGGGUUCCUCGAAGGAUGGCAAAGCGUGA